UCUACCGGAUCGUGUCUGGAAGAGCUGAAGUCUUGCAGCGGUUCAGACUUAGGAGUGACAACUCAUGAUGGCGAGUCUUCUUCAUCCUCGUCUUCCUCGCUGCUCGCUGGUAUCCGGACAGAGGUGAGGUCCGCUCGGCUGAGAUCACCCCGGCCACCUCUGCAGGACGACCGGGAGCCUUCAACUCCUGCCAGGGGGGAGCUUGGAUAUUCAAGGACAUUUACCAGAUCUACUCUGGCCUUUUCUGUCGAUUAAGGAAAUCCAGCGUGCGGCUGUGCGGCGCUACAAUGAUGUGGACAGAUUUUGUAAACAAGAGCAGAAACGGCCGCCAGUCCGUCUGAUCAAUAAAAGAUUGACGAUGUUUCCGUACGUGUCGGUACAUGUCGCACCCCUUCCUUUAUCGAGGAGCCAAACGGCGACGUAAAGGAAAUCAGUUGCCGAGCGUGGAUGCGUUUCACCUAAAUGGCUUAGUUUCCAGCCCGCAUCCGUCACCGUGUGUUUCAGACAGACCCGCGGCUGCUGUGUGUCGGAAGCAAAGUGUCGGUGAAAGUACAGUGACCCAAAACGCGGAGGGAAGGCCAGCCAACUUUGAUUUGCUGGGCGCUGGAGUGUGUGUGUGUGUCUGUGUGAACCCUGUGGCGCAUCACUGGUGUGCAGCUCCGGGAGUCCAGGCACGAUCAAUGUGGACUUCAAUCAGAAAUUGAGGAGUCACACAUAGGAGCCCCCGAGUCUCUCCCAUCCCCUCUUCCCCUCCCCUCCCUCUGUCCCUCCCUCCCCGUCCCGUGUGGAUCUUUUCCCUGAACCCCCUCUCCUCGUCGUCUGAGAUUCACCAUGUUGAUCAAGGAGUACCGCAUCCCCAUGCCCAUGAGUGUGGAGGAGUAUCGCAUCGCCCAGCUUUAUAUGAUCCAGAAAAAGAGCCGAGAGGAAAGCUGUGGUGAAGGCAGUGGGGUGGAGAUCCUGGAGAAUAAGCCCUACACAGAUGGACCAGGCGGGACGGGCCAGUACACCCACAAGGUCUACCACAUCGGCAUGCACAUCCCCAGCUGGUUCCGCUCCAUCUUGCCCAAAGCGGCGCUGAGGGUUGAAGAGGAAUCCUGGAACGCCUACCCUUACACACGCACCAGAUACACCUGUCCCUUUGUCGAGAAGUUCUCCAUUGAUAUUGAGACGUACUACAAGCCUGACACAGGCAACCAGGCAGAUGUGUUCAACAUGUCUGCAGCAGAGAAGAGACAGAGGACUAUUGCAGACCCUAUCGACAUUGUGACAGAUCCUAUCCCCCCCCAUGAGUACAAAGCGGAAGAGGACCCGCGGCUCUACAAGUCAGUCAAGACGCAGAGGGGUCCUUUGCGGGACGACUGGAUCGAAGAGUACAACAAUAACCCAGGGAAGACCCCCAUCAUGUGUGCCUACAAACUGUGUAAGGUGGAGUUCCGCUACUGGGGGAUGCAGUCUAAGAUCGAGCGCUUCAUCCACGAUGUCGGACUGAGGAAGGUGAUGGUGCGUGCCCACCGGCAGGCCUGGUGCUGGCAGGACGAAUGGUACGGUCUGACCAUCGAGGACAUCAGGCAGCUGGAGCUGGAGACCCAGCUGGCCUUGGCAAGGAAGAUGGCCCAGUUCAGCCAGGCAGAGGAGGCUACCGAGGCCAGCGUGGGCGCCCCAUCACCAGACAAAGACCAGGAGGUCCAGGAGGCGAUCAGCUCCAUCGAAGCUGAGGAGGUGGUUGUCAGCACAGGAGGAGAGACUCUCCAGGCACGAGGUGUGCUCACCAAGCAGUGGUCCACCUCCUCCCGAUCCUCCCGCUCUUCUAAGAGAGGAGUGAGCCCGUCGAGUCACAGCAUCUCUGAGUGGAGGAUGCAGAGCAUAGCUCGAGACUCGGACGACAGCUCGGACGAGGAGUUUUUCGACGCUCAUGAGGACUUCUCAGACAACGAAGAAGUCUUCCCGAAGGAGAUCGCCAAGUGGAACUCCAAUGAUCUCAUGGACAAGAUUGAAGCUGCAGACACAGAGGGAACUCCUGGUGAGCUGUACAAGGAAAUGACAGUGGACUAUGAAAGAGCAGCCAGUGAGGAAAGACUGGACGAGGACAGCUCCUCCCAGCAGUGUCUGCAGCCUUCCAAGAUCCACGUGCUGAUCUUGGUCCUGCAUGGAGGGAACAUCCUGGACACAGGCGGAGGAGACCAGAACAGCAAGCAGGCUGACGUCAACACAAUCAGUUCUGCAUUUGACACAGUCAUGCGUGUUCACUACCCUGCUGCGCUGGGACGCAUUGCUAUCCGCUUGGUGCCCUGCCCUGCCAUCUGCGCCGAGGCCUUCUCCCUGGUGUCCAACCUGAGCCCGUACAGUUACGAUGAGGGCUGUUUGUCCAGUAGCCAGGACCACAUCCCUCUGGCAGCUCUGCCUCUGCUGGCCACCUGCGCCCCGCAGUACCAGGAGGCCGUUGCUACUGUCAUCAUCCGAGCCAACCAGGUGUACACAGACUUCAUAAAGUCUCUGGACGGGGCAGCCUUCUCGGGCCAGGUGUGCCUCAUCGGAGACUGUGUGGGAGGAAUACUGGGGUUUGAUGCAUUGUGCAGCAGCAACCAGACAGUAAAUGAAAGCCAGAACAGCAGCCGCAGGGGCAGUCUUGUGAGUGUGCAGGACCAGGAUCUUCUCUCUCCAGGGAUCAUCAUCAACAGCGGGCACGGAUUGGCCUCUCCGACCUUGGAGGGCAGCCGCCACCUUAGCCGCAGCAACAUCGACAUCCCUCGCUCCAGUGCACCUGACGACACUAAGAAGCAGCUACCACGCAAGAGAAGCGACUCCUCGACCUAUGAACUAGACACCAUAAAACAACACCAGGCCUUCCUGUCCAGCUUACACUCCAGUGUCUUGCGGAACGAUCCGACCUCGCGGCGGUCCAGCAGCAGCACCAUGCUGGACGGAGGCUCCCUAGGGAAGUUUGACUUUGAAGUGUCCGACUUCUUCCUGUUCGGCUCUCCCCUGGGUUUGGUACUCGCCCUGAGGAAGACUGUCAUUCCUGUGUUGGACGUGGCCCAGCUGCGACCAGCCUGCCAGCAGGUCUACAACCUGUUCCACCCCGCCGACCCCUCAGCUUCUCGUCUGGAGCCGCUCCUGGAGAGAAAGUUUCACCUCCUGCCGCCUUUCAACGUACCACGCUACCAACGCUUUCCCCUGGGAGACGGCAACUCAGCUCUAUUGGCGGAUGUUGUUCAGUCUCAUGGUGGUGUCUUCAUGGACAGUUCGUACCCCUCCUCCCCUGUAACGGGCCCCCACUGCCGGGGCGUACGGAGGGCCAGUGAGGUCAGCAUUGCCAGCCAGGUCUCAGGAAUGGCAGACAGUUACACUGCCACCAACAUAGCCAACACGCAAUCAUGCCAAAUUAACCAAUCCAAAAAGCUCAGCCUUUUGUCCCAACUGGCCUUGUCGUCACAAAACAAAUUCUUCCCGAGAAGUCCUCCUAAUUCCUGUAGGAAAGCAGAGACUGGCCAGAUCCCUGGAUCUCCAGAGACAAAUCUAGUGACAGAGCUGGAGUCUGACGCAGAUGCUAGUGAAGGUCUAAGUCCCACUGACCAGUUUCAGAGGUGCCUGUCAGCUGGCCUGGACUUUGCUAUAUCUGACCUGGUCUCAUUGGACUCCCAGGCUGAAGUGGAGCAAGUUGCAGCACGUUGGUGGGGAACCAAGCGGAUGGACUUUGCCCUGUACUGCCCUGAUGCUCUGACUGCUUUCCCCACCGUGGCUUUACCACACCUCUUCCAUGCAUCUUACUGGGAGUCCACUGACGUUGUGUCCUUUCUCUUGAGACAGGUCAUGAGGCAUGAAAACUCCAGCAUCCUUGAACUAGAUGGAAAAGAGGUGUCAGAAUUCACCCCUUCCAAACCUCGAGAGAAGUGGCUCCGGAAGAGGACCCACGUGAAGAUCAGGAAUGUGACAGCCAACCACCGUGUGAAUGACGCCGUGUUCACCGAAGACUGCCAGCAGGUUGUGACCGGUCGCUUCAUGUACGGCCCUCUGGACAUGGUCACUCUGACUGGGGAGAAGGUCGACCUCCACAUCAUGACCCAGCCUCCAUCAGGAGAAUGGGUGUACUUUGACACCGAGGUGACCAACAGUAGUGGCCGAGUGUCUUUUGUUAUCCCGGAGAGCAAGCGCCUGGGCAUCGGUGUCUAUCCUGUUAAAAUGGUUGUCAGGGGAGACCACACAUUUGCAGACAGCUAUUUAACAGUUCUGCCCCGUGGAACUGAGUUUGUGGUGUUCAGCAUAGACGGCUCAUUUGCUGCCAGUGUGUCCAUCAUGGGCAGUGACCCUAAAGUGCGGGCGGGAGCCGUGGAUGUAGUCAGGCACUGGCAGGAUUUGGGCUAUCUGAUCAUUUAUGUGACGGGACGUCCAGACAUGCAGAAGCAGCGCGUGGUGGCCUGGUUGUCUCAGCACAACUUCCCUCAUGGUAUCGUGUCCUUCUGCGACGGCCUGGUCCACGACCCGCUCCGACACAAGGCCAACUUCCUCAAGUCCCUGACUGAGGCUCACAUGAAGAUUUUUGCUGGCUACGGCUCAACCAAAGACAUCUCAGUCUACACCUCCAUCGGCCUCUCGCCCUCCCAAAUAUACAUCGUUGGUCGACCCUCCAAGAAGAUGCAGCAUCAGUGCCAGUUUAUCACAGAGGGCUAUGCAGCCCACCUGUCCCAGCUGGAGUACAACCACCGCUCCCGGCCCGCCAAGACCAGCAGUGCCCGCAUGGUGCUACGUAAAGGCAGCUUUGGCUUGGGCGCCAACAGCGACUUCUUGAGGAAGCGAAACCACCUGUUGCGCACCAUCUCCUCCCAGCCGGCCCCCAGCUCCCCAACAGGCAGCGGCCACAGCAAACCGGAGCGCACGCAGAGCCAGUCAGACAGUGAGCGGCUGGAGCGGGAGCGGCUGGAGCGCGCUCACAGCCAGGGUCACGGCCCGGGACCGGCCCAGCGCAGCAUGAGCAUCACGGCCAGCUGCUGGGGCCGCAGCAGCAGCACGAAGCUAGAACCAGGCCUUUUCAGCCCCAAAUGAGCUUCGAGUGUUAAGAAAGACACAGUGGAAAAGCUUUAGGAGAGUGACUUUAAGAUACAGUGCCAAGGAAGGGAUUCAUGAGAUAAAGACCUACAGAAAAGAUUCACAGAAAGAGAGUGAAAAGCGGUCACAUUGCACCAGAUGAGAAAAUACCACGAUGAAAAUAAUCGGUGCUACAAACCACUCUUUGUAAAACCAACACCAAUACUAAGCCACACUCAACACACACAGCAAUGGACAGAGGUUACAGCUAUAUUUAUUGUAAAACUGCGACAGAGGCUAAAUGCAUUUCAAGAAGCAUCUUUAUGAAGCAGGAACACGCACACACAACACACACAACCCUAGCUAGUGUGGUAGAAAUUCAGACUGUUUCUUAUUGUAUACUGUUCAGUAAAUAUUUGUCAAGUGUCUUGGGUACAAAAUCAGUCAUCGUGGCUAAAAUAGGGUUUUAGAUUUGAGUUGGUUCCAUACACAAACCAGCCCCAUGCGCAGACGGCCCGUGUUAGGCUCCACGUGGCGACGCCGCUCCGCCGUGUCGCCUGCUGCACGGUCACUGACCACUGUGGCCACCCAAGCACAAAAAUAACACAAUACAUUAACCAGUUGUUUUAAAAGGCUGUCCUGUUUUACACAUCUAUACCCAGAUGUGUUCUACCAUGAGAGCAGAUGGAAGAAUCAGGUAAAACUGGAUUGCAGGCUUUUUGUUUUCUGGUUUUGGCCGUUCAGAUGUAAAUGAAAUUUAGCCAUCGUUAGUACUUCUGUGAAAUCUUGGGUAAAAUCAUCAUUUAUUAACAGCAACAAGAAAAAAAAACAUGGUCUGUGAUUAUUUGUGUUAAUUUAGGUGAUUUAACCAAGAUCUAUUAAUCAUGUUGCAUAUGCUCCUGUGAUUAGCAUUUAUACCCAGCAGUGAGUUAAUUCUGCUAGUUGUGUGGCGAAUACCAAUCCCAUACAUCCAGUUCCACCUGUUUUCUAGGCUACUCUCAGGCCAAACAACCACCUGAAUAUCACACCAAGAAGAAAAACAAAAUGACCCUUUAACUAUGGCGACAGUCGAGACUGUGCCUGGGUUUUUAUAGUAUUUCAUCACAUCACUUCAUUGCACUGCUGUAAUUGCCUAUAUGCGUAAUUAAUGACUCAGCUAUAGGGGAAAAUCCCACUACUGUAUGGUUUAUGUGCCAAAGUAAACAGUAUAGAGUGAUAUGCUGUACCUGAAUGGAAAAGAACUGAAUCAAACGUCCUUUGUAUGGAAAUGCUCUGAAAACUAGAUUGUGUAAGUGUAUAGUUGAACGCCUUACUAAGGCCUGUACAUACUGAUGUUAUUAUAUAGUGUAGAUCUGGUAUCUGGUCCACUGACGGGGCCAGCUUCAAGUGUCUUCUUUACUCUGGGGGGAAAACACCGCCACAUUCAGGAUAUGCUCUUAUUAUUGUUGUUAUUAUUUAAGAUGAUAGAUAUUUUAAAAAUGUAUUGAUUUGGUGAACAAAAUGUGUUGGAAGAUUAUUUUAGCUACGUAGUGUUUAUUUCCCUCAUACUUCAUUUGCAGCAGCCAAUACUCGAGGUCUUUGCCUGGCACAGUAUUGUAAUUUUUAUUGUUUUAUCUUGCAAAUCACCUGAAUUGUAUCAAUGGAACUGCUAUCUUGUGUCAUAUAUUGUAUGUUUGUUAUAUAUUUUGGAAAUUUUGGGAUAUGGCUAAUUCUCUGGGCAUCCCUAAGCUGUACAUGAGGCAUUGAAUGUGCUCAUAGAUAAUCCUCCUUAGGUUAAGGUUAAUCUUUCUCCUCGUUUUGCGGCGCCUUCAAGAGAAGAGAAAAUCUGCAAAGUGUAAAUUCUGUAUCAUAUGCUUUCAAAGGUAGGAUCAUAGAGCUCAGACUUACUUUAUGCUGUUGAUCGUUUAUUUCUGGGAGGGGUAACUGUUUGUUUAAUUCAAUCAAAAUGAUGUAUAUUUGUCCCUCUUUUAGGCGUGUAUAGAACUGACUGCAAUGGACCAAUAUUGGCUGAAAUGUAAGGGAAAGCGUGCAAUAUUUCUCAAUCAUACCACAAGAUCAAACUGACCGUGUCGAGAGAACGUCACAAUGCAUUGACAAUCAGUUGAACAGGCACAUACUCAACAGACGUCAAGCUGCAGGGGUGUUUGAACAUGACUUGGCAUUAUCAAAAACAUCCAAGGUGCCAGAUAUAUGUAUGUAUCUAUAUCUAUAUAUAUAGAUAUAGAUAAAUAUAUAGAUAUAUAUAUCUAUACACACACACACACACAUAUAUAGAUAUAGAUAUAUAUACAUACAUUACAACAUUUUACAGGAGGUUUCUCAUAGUAAAGUGGCACUGAUAUGCACUGAUAUCUCAAGGUAAAAAUACAGCAGUGGAAAAUGCCAGCAUGAAGAGCAGAUAGUGACUAGUGCGCAGUGGGAACUGUUUUUGCUGUGGCUUUUCUAUUCCUGGCCAGCAUCCUACUAAGGUUUAGAGGAAUCCAAAUAACAUUUAAUAGUUACCCACAAAUAUAUAGAUAUAUGUAUAUACUCCCCAAAUGCAAAGACAUGUAUAACCUUGAGUGUGGCCUGUUGUCCUGGUUGGGGUUAACCAAGUGAAAGCAACGUUCAGGUGAUUUGUGGAAACUGCUGUCCAUCUGCAUUUUGACCUUUCCAAUAUUUGGCAUGAAGCCAUACGGACAGCGGGACGCCUGCUGUUAAAAAGUGUUGCUGUUUGUACAUAGAAAGCGAGGUGGGAAAGGACAGACGAUGCUAAAACCGUGCACUCUUUUAAAACGACAACUACUGAAGCAUAUUCCCUUCCUCAGAGAUCUUGAGUUACCUGGAUAUUAAAAUCCAGAGAAUGUAAAAGAUGAACUUGUGCAAUCAUCUGUGAAGUUUGGAUACCUCUGGGCAGACAAUCGUUCUGAUUCUGCUACUGACACAGAUUUUACCAGAGGCCUUACAUUUCCCUUUUCUGCCUUACAUUGACCAUUGUUAUGCUAGGCCUAGAGCGAACACUGCUUACUCUACACCCACAGUCCGAAUUGAUUUUCUGGACAAAAAAAAAAAAAAAAAAAAAAAAAAGAUUAGGACUCUCAUGCAGAAUUUGCUGCACAGAAAUAAGAAAAGGCCAUAUUUUCUAACGAGGCUCUGGUUUGUUAGUAUUUGAACGGAAAUACUAAUUGAACAAAGGAACUUGACAUAUUUUACCAACAUUAAGCGAUCCGUCUCUCUCUCAUGCUCUGUUCCCCUGGUUAAUGCAGUGCUGUAACUGUUAACACCAACACUUGGCUUUCAUAGGCUGUACAUACUGAAUACCUUAGUAAAGGCUUGGAAAACAUUUUCAUUGUACAGGGUGUGUAUCUUGUAGUUUUUUGGAUAACUUCAUUUUAUCCAUUUCCUUGUGUUUUUAUGUACAGUGUAUAAAGAACAUAUGAAGAACAACAA